CUAGUUGGUGGCACUGUGAUUGAGAAAGCGCAUGCGCAGCUCCGUACAUCGGCACUGUCAGUGUAGUCAAGUGAAGUUUCGAGGCGAGAAGGUUGGUCUCCUAUCGUUCUGUUGCAAUUUCCAACGCUCGACUUGGUAACUGGGUGUUGGUUCGUUGGUAACUUUCAUAACUCUUCAUCCUCCUCAAACUUAAAAUCAAAACAUAGAACACUUAAUCAAUGGACCCGCACACGAAUAAUUGCAUGUCACUGCAUUUCACACGGUGAAAUGUCGGUCUUGGUGGUUGGGGAGUCGGGGAAUCUUUCUUCAACCCUCGAAUCUAGUCAUGAAAAUCACACGCCAGUCGAAGAAGAUCGCCGCGGCGACGAACAACACGUCACGCUCGCGUAGAUUCCAAUGCGCCACAUGCCAGAAGCGCUUCUUAUCGCGCAACGACCUACGCAAGCACGAGCGCAUCCACACGGACGAACGUCCUUACGUGUGCGAGAAGUGUAACAUGGGUUUCAGGCAAUGCGGCUCGUUGAAAAAUCACAUGGCCUCCAAACACAACGAGGACUUGGAAAGUCCGCCGGUGUUCAUAUGCAAUUAUUGUCAUAAAGCAUUCCCUAUUAAGGAGCGGUUGAGAUUGCACCUGAGGACGCACACGGGCGUAAAACCAUAUCAGUGCAAGCACUGCGAUAAAACGUUCGCACGUGGCGGUCAACUGGUGCAACACGAGCGCACGCACACCGGCGAACGUCCUUACAAAUGCAAUAUUUGUUCGGCGGACUUUACAUGCCCGGCGAAUCUUAAAUUGCAUCAAUAUAAACACCAAGAUGUGCGAAAUUUCGUCUGUGACAUCUGCGGAAAGAGUUUUAUUAGACGUGAUGCGCUGCGGAAGCAUUUGAAUUGUUUCCAUAAUAAUAUCAAAGCUUUUCGAUGUGAGAUUUGCAAAAAAGAUUUCAAGGGACAUUUACCGCAACAUAUGCGCACACAUCAGAAUGAUAAACCGCAUGGAUGCGCCAUUUGCCAAGCGCGAUUCGCGCAGCGGUCACAACUCACUGUUCAUCAGCGAAUUCACAGCGGUGAGAAACCUUACCGGUGUAAAGUAUGCUGGAAAGCAUUCGCGCAUUCCACCGCGUUGAAACUUCACAUUCGACAGCACACUGGUGAACCAUUUGAGUGUCUCUUGUGUAAGAAUGUUUUCUUUACGCAGCUGCCACAUCUUAAGAAACACAUGCGUUGUAUUCACAAAACAGACAAACCUUAUCUGUGCGUGCAUUGUAAGACUUUUCACAAGACUAAAAGUGAUUUAGAAAAUCAUGCAAAGUCUUGCAGAAAGACAAAAAAGGCGGUUGCCAAUCAAGUGAAACCGGAGGAAGUGGUCCAACCACCAAUGACUGUUGAAAAAAUGCGCCUGUUACUUGCCAUUCUUCUGCAGAGAAUAUCCACGCCUGAAAAGUUAGAAGAACUUGGAUUCAAUAAGAAGCUGAUUGAUGAGGUGCUCAUUGAAUCACUGAAGAAUGCGAAUAAAGUUGUUUGCAACGAGGAGGAUAUCUCCGAUGCGGAGAGGCUGAAGAGAAACAUUCGGUCGCUGUUGGAAUGGACAGUGCCUAAUGAUAUCAUGGAAAAGUUCCAGCAACAGCAUAGGUCUACGGAGGAACUUCUGGAAGAGUUGACUUCGUAAGUUACGGAAAUCAUCAUUGAUUGGUGGAGGUGCAUGCCAUUUUCUACUUACAGGAACCAAACCAAAAGAAUACCAAAGAAUGGCUAUGAUUAGAUUUAACUGGAAAUUUUGUUUCUAAAACAUUUUACGUUGAAUUUUAGGAAAUUUGAACUUGCCAUAUCAAUUUCUUUUUUAUUUGAAUCGACUUGAUAACUAUAAAGUGUUCCUAGAUUAAUUAUAACUUUGUUGAGAAUCACAAGUCAACAAAAACAAAGAAUUUGUUACCAAAAAACGAAUAUUAGUGCAAUUUAGUUUCUAUAAUAAUGGGUUUAUAAGUAUUUAAUUGUUUGAAUCUUUAAAAGUGCAAUAUGGUGCUAUACUUCAGGACUUUUUAGCUAUAAAUCUUUUAAAAUUAAAUCAGUUACUCACUUACUGGAAAUUAAAUCAUAUUUUAAUUGUUUUAUGUAUAAAAACGAACUGAAAGCAUAAAAUCAACCUGAUUAAUGCAAUGUUUAUAAUAUUAUAACAUUUACAACGUUUUGAUUGCUUAUAAACCCAAAAAUUACCGAAGAUUUUCUUUAUUUUGCUAUGAAGUCUAAUUUAAAGACGGGAUCGAGGCUUUCUUCUAUUUAAAUAAUUAUAUUAUACUCCGAUAUUUUCGAAUGGAGCUGUACUGCCAUAAGUAUUUAAUAUUUUUUCUUAUAAAAUAAUCCAAGAUGUAUGUAUUGUGAUGUAAUGUGGAAGAUAUAUUAAGUUGGAGGAGUUGCUUGAAGGAAAAAUCUUUGCCAAUCAUUUGGAGACUGUUGACACUUUUGUUGUUAUUAUUAAUUACAAUGUUUUUGCACAUUCGCGCAUCGCAUGCACGUAGCGUUUGUAACAUUUUUAAUACCUUAUCUAUUAUAUCAAAUUAACCGUAUUGUUAUCUAAUCUAAUUUAAAUUUGCCCUAUUAUAGCGAAUGUAUAAUAUUUGGUGAUUCAUGUUACAUGAAAUGUGUGUAAUAACAUAACAAGAAACGCACGGACGAUUACCUAGCAAUUGUUCCGAAUAAAAUGUCAACAACUUGUAA